AUGGACGAAAUCCACAAGAAGAAGGUCUUGGAAGUGCCUGUUAACGAAAGAAAUGGAAAGUUAAAGCAACUAAGGUUUCCAGACAAAACUGGUGACAGUAAAUCGCACAUACACGUGAACUACGCAGCUUAUCUAGAAUACAUCAACAAAAAUUAUCCUGAUCUCCACACAUUCGACAUUGGAAUCGACAAUGAAACAGGACCCAAUAGAGAGAAGAUUCAAAAACAGCUCAAGAAUGAUUUUAUGCUACUCAAUCAGUUAGACAUUGAGCAAUAUGAAGGAUUGAAUUCGCCCGAUGAUAUCUGGGACAGUUUAGCAAAUUCGGUGUAUGGUAUGGGCUUCAUUGGAAGAUAUUCACGUAUAGCUACUUCCCUUGAAACUGGAAUUAACUACAUUUUUACAUUUGAGGAUUUUGCACACAUCUACCCUUUCCUCAAAUCGUGUCAGGGCAAUGCCCUUCUUAUUCGACGAUUGAGCGGGCUAAAGGAUGUUGAAAAUAAAAAGUUUUCUUCGUAUAAGUUAUAUUACAAGUCACAACCAGAGCACUCUUUUGGUGCCGCAAAUAGCCCAGGAGUUGCAGAUGUGGAACUGGAACGGAGAAGCAUAUACAAUCAUUCAUUUGUUAUAAAACCCGAAUUCGAUAAUCCACCGGGAACUGAAUGGUCCUACUUGUCUGUUGACAAAGACAAGGUUGAGAUGGGCAAUAGCUACAGAAGGGGUUACUCUUAUGUACCAGAUACUACGCCAGUAGAGCUUGAUGCUGGUCUAGGCUUUCGUCAUGAACUGGGCGAAAAUUCUCCAACUCAUGAAACACCGGAGUGUGCUGAACAGCCAGAAUUGGAGACUGAAAAGGUACUAGCAGACAGUUCGCAUGAUAACCGACGUUACAUCUAUGAAAAGUAUUUGUUCUGCACAUACAAAUGGUGUCCCGGGUCCAUGCGAAUUAUAUUGGACUGUAUUCAUAAUGUGGUGAUUCUGUCAAUGACAAACCCACAUUUUGACUGCCACGAAUCUCAUAAGAGGAAGAUAUACGACAUUGUACGCAAAUUGUUUGUUCUUAAUCAAGGGGAUAUAGAUUUGAUUGAUGCCAAGUAUGCAACGAUACCCCGUAGGUAUGGUUUGGCAUUCAUUGAAUCAUGGAUUCAUUCUGAAGAAUUUGAACUUGCUCGCUCAAGUGAGUAUACACCUUCAUUUCAAAGUUACAAUAUAAAUGAAUCUGACCAAUCGAAAAGCUGGGCAAGCCAAAAGAACAGGAAUUGGGUAGUCGAUUCCUUCUAUAACGCUGAUAGUGCUAAAAGCAACUCCACAUUAACCAUCAAUGGGCAAGGGCAACACAAGAGGAAAGCAACUCAUGUGAAGACUAAACAAGACUAUGUGGCACAUCCACAACGAUUGAUUGAUUUGAGAAAUUAUGGAAUUGAAUACUGGGAUUUUGAUAUAUUUAAGUAUGACUUUUUUGGAAACGUAACUCCAAGAAGUGAAUGGGAGUUUCAUGUGAACCGAGAUAGUGAUGAGAAGAAUAGGGAAGUUUUUAGAUUUUGGAGAAAACAAUAUUUCGGUAUUAGUGAUUUUGUACGCCAAACCUCAAACCAUCUAUCUAUAGGUAAAAGCUUUGGGUUGGUGAGCUAUUUCAUGGCAAAUAAUGGUGAACAUACCUUCCAGAAAAAAAAAGUUCACAUUUAUUCGUUUGGUGAUCAGCUGCACGUGAAGCAACAGGGACAGAUAAAAAAAGAUUUCCUCAAAGAUAUCUAUCUUUUCACACGUAACUAUGAUUGGGAAAAGUUUGAUAGCAUUCUUUUCAAACAGACCUCAGUUGCUUCGACGUUGCCGAAUCCUGAUCUGCACAUACUGCCUUAUCCAUUAAACAGACAAGUUCAGAAAUUGAGUGAAACAUUUGGUGAAGCAGGCUUGCUGGGAGAUCAUGAAUCACAGUCGGGAUGUGUUUUUGUAUGUUCUUCAAUUAGGACUAUAGCAAAUAGCGAUAAAGUUGUGAUAUGUGAACGAGAUAUCAAAUAUCAAGAUAUUAUUCUUGAAGAGUGGAGAGCUCUUCAUCGGAGAAAGAGCAUGAUACAUCCAUCUGAUCAAAUCUGGAACAUGGAGCCGAACUUCAUACAGGCUUUAGGAAUGAUGGCAAUAUACGAUAAACAAUUCCUGAAAAAUAGGCACAUUGUAGAUAGGUUCAAUAGAUUGCGAUGGAAGUCUAUGAAUGACCAGUAUUAUCUUAAAACUUUAGGAGAUGCCUUGGCAGAUGAAGGUUGCAAAUAUCGUUCUCCUCAAAUUAACAGAAGGAGACUACCUGCAAAGCCAGUUAGUGAAAGCGAAUUUCGGUAUGUCGGAUUUCGAGUUCUCUAUGAAACCAACGGACAAGUGGAAACUGGAUAUAUUUUCUGUAGUGAAAACAAGUUGUCAAGCUCCCUCAAACUCAUGCUGGAGCAGCGUACGAUACAAGAGCACUUACCGAUGGUUUUGUUAGUUGAUGACAGCAAAUGCAACCCGGAACAGCUGCAAGAAAUUCAGGAUAAGGUGAAAAUUGUCCAGGUAAGAUCAUUUUUGUUUGGUAAGCUGAAGUCUUUGAUACCGUUUGACUAUCUUUUGUUUUUGAUGCGUGCACUUAUUAUGGAGAAUGUCGAUAUGGACACUGGUGAAAAACUUUUGAAGAAAAGGUUGCCCCCACAGAGGAAGAAAGACGUGGAGUUCUACAAGCUGGAAUUUGAAGGACGCCGUAUUGCAUCCAAUGCUGGUUUGGUUCGCAUAGCAGUUCAAAAGCUAUGUAAGGUGAACAGCUAUUUGACUAGAUAUCAAGAUGCAUGGAGAAUAGGUAAGCGAUGGGGGUCUUUUGAUCUUGCGAUAAGGGCUUCGGGGGAAGAUAAGUGGAAGUUUCUUCCCAAAAGUCUUCCCAAUUUUGACAACCUACAAUUUGCCAAAAUGUUGCACGAGGCUGGAAGGAACGAAAAAAAUAUUCAGCUGGCUGAAGAUGUUGAGUCGGUCAAGCUUUUGGAAUGGGCCAUUGAGUGUGUCAAGUCCGAAGAGCAGAAAAAUAGUUGUGAAGAGCUUGUUGCGGGUGAAUUUCGGGAUUUCUUUGAGCUUAUUAAGCGGACGACAGACUUUGUAUAA